AUGGAGGAGCGUAGUGGAGCGGAGGAAGAGGAGCGUAGGGGAGUGGCGGUGAGUGGAGAGUGGGGUAGCGGCAAUGAUGAUAAAAAGGAGAAAAGAAAGAGAGGUAGGGUAGAGGAGGAGCGGGGUGCGGCGAUGAGUAGAGAGUGGGGUAGCGGAGGAGCGUGGAGUGGGAUUCAAGAGUCAAUGAAGAAGUAUUUCACCAAGGUAUCAAAUUCAAGUUCGGGCUAUCAUAGUCAACCAAAUCGGGAAGAAAACGUGAAUCAUUUAGUAGCACCAUUGCAAUUUUCUCAUGAGUUCGAUUUAAGUUCUUUAGAGGCUGAUCCAGGUGAAAGAACUCAAAUCUUGGAUUUUCAUCCAAAUCAUCGUGAUGCUAUUAGAAGAGAUUAUCUUCAAAAACGUCCUUGUCAACCUCAAUUGAAAGUUUUUCCUCAAACGUUGAUUUCUGGAGAUAUGCGUCGUUUCAAUCGUGAUUGGUAUGUUGAAUUUCCUGAUUGGAAUUGGAACAAAAAGGAUAGUUUGGCAAAACAUAUUGGUGGGCCGAAUAGCAUCCAUAGUCAAUCAAAAAGAAAAUGUGAAGAUCUAAUACGGCAACAACAAUCUAUUCAUGCUGAAUUUGAUAAGCAACUUAAUCAAGAUAAGCAUGGAUAUGAGAUUCGCUUAGCAGCUUCAAUUCGUGUAGUGAGACUUCUUGUGAAACAAGGAUUGGCAUUUCGGGGUCAUGAUGAAUCUAAAGCAUCGCUUAACAGAGGUAAUUUUCUUGAAAUUCUUUCAUUUUAUGCUCAAGAGUGUGAUAAAAUUCGUAGCUUUGUAUUGGAAAAGGCUCCUCAAAAUGAUCAAAUGACUUGUCCAAUGAUUCAAAAAGAAAUUGUGCUUGCUUGCAAGAUUGAAACAAUUAAGGGUAUCAUAAAGGAAUUAAAUGGUGACUAUUUUUCCUUAUUGGUUGAUGAAUCUUUUGGUGUAUCACGCAAGGAUCAAAUGGCGGUUGUUUUACGAUAUGUUGAUAGAAGGGGAUUUGUGAUGGAGCGACUUCUUGACAUUGUUCAUGUUAAAAAUACUAGUGCCUUAGCUUUAAAAGGUGCAAUUGUCAAUUUACUUUCUCAACAUUCCUUGAGUCUAUCUUGUGUGCGUGGACAAUGCUAUGAUGGAGCAAGUAAUAUGCAAGGUGAUAUCAAUGGCCUUAAAAUGUUGAUUAAGAAAGAAAGUAGAUCGGCUCAUUCCAUUCAUUGUUUUGCUCAUCAACUUCAAUUAACUCUUGUUGGUGUUUCAAAAAAAUGUCUUCAAGUGGGAGAACUUGUACAUUUGGUUUCGGAUAUUUUGAAUGUGUUGGCGGCUUCUUAUAAACGUAUGGAUGAAUAUCGAGAAUCUCAAAGGAAAAGAAUUCAAGAGGCUUUAGAAAAGGGCGAGCUUAAAACUGGUAGGGGUUUGCAUCAAGAACUUGGUAUUUCUAGAGCUUGUGAUACUCGUUGGGGAUCUCACUUCAAAUCUUUUAAUUGUUUUAUUCUUCAAUUUGGUACAAUAAUGGAUGUACUUGAUACUAUUGUUGAAACUGCACAUAGUUUGGAUGAAAGUGCCAGGGCGACAGGAUAUAUCAGAGCUGCUCAAACGUACGAGGUUGCAUUCAUGUUACAUUUGAUGAAAGAAAUUUUAGGAAUUACAAAUGACCUUAGUACAUGCUUACAAAAAAAAGAGCAAGAUAUUGCGAAUGCCAUGCGACUUGUUAAUGUGGCAAGGAUAAGGUUGCAAGAGCUAAGGGAAGAUAAAAGAUGGGAUUUGUUUGUUGUUGAGGUAUCUACGUUUUGUGUCAAGUAUAAUAUUGUGGUACCUAAUUUUGAUGAGUCGUAUGUUAACUCGGGGAGAUUUCGGCAUGUAUUUUGUAAAAUAAUUGAUUGGCAACUGCAAGAACUUAAUGAUCGUUUUGAUGAGGAGACAACUGAGUUGCUUUAUGGAGUUGCUUGUUUGAAUCCGAUAGACUCAUUUUCAAGUUUUGACAUUCAGAAAAUAAUGAGAAUGGCUAAAUUAUAUCCUGAUGACUUUGAUGAAUUUAGUAUGUGUUCUCUUGAGAAUCAGCUUGCGAAUUACAUUAUUGAUGUUCGUGAUAUUGAUAAAAGGUUCUCCGAUUUAAAUGGGCUUUGUGAUCUUUCAAAAAGACUGGUUCAGACAAAAAAGCAUUCAUGUUAUCCUCUUGUAUUUCGUUUAGUGAAAUUUUCUUUGCUUCUCCCAGUUGCCACGGCAUCCGUUGAAAGAGCUUUUUCGGCAAUGAAGUUUAUUAAGAAUGAGUUGCGGAGUCGAAUGAAUGAUGAAUUCUUGAGCGGUUGCAUGGUUCCUUUUGUGGAAAAAGAUAUGUUUAAUGAUGUUUCAAAUGAUGAUAUUAUUUUGACUUUUCAAGCAAUGAAACCUCGUCGAGUAGUGCUAUAA